ACAACCAGUACUACCAUUACCGCAACAGCAUCAUCUUCCUCAGCACAACAAUAAUAACGCACACCAUCAUACACCAUCACAACUAUUGCAACAACAACAUCAUAACAACAACAACAUUAUUACCCCUCCUCUUCCUCGACCGCAUCAUUCACCGUCCACCCAACAACAACAACAACAACAGCCAGUCGUCAACAUGAGCAGUAAUCAUUCUUCGCAUACGCAUCGUCAACACAAUCAUUCGCUCCCACUUGCGCAUUUUGCACACAAUUGUCGCAAACUACGGCACAUUCGACUGACCUCAUACUCGCCAAAGACAGACGACUCGGUCUACGAGAUGGCCAAAUACCUGAAAUCCGGUACGCUGGAGAGCAUCAUCUUUACCGGUUGCACAACCUUGCAAGGCUCGACGCUCUGCAAGCUAGCAUUGACCAAUCCGCAGCUACGGCACAUAGAGAUCAUGGGCAACACUCCCGUCAGCGACCCGAGCUUGGCCACGCUUGCCGAGCACUGCGGUGCCCACCUCGAGAGCAUAAGCAUUGGGAAUGCGCAUCACUUGACCGACAUUUCCAUACGCCAUGUUGCCAAACGGUGCAAGAACCUGAAACAGCUGAUCCUGUUCAGCAAUCCCGACGGCAACAAACUGCACGAGGAAACAUUGAUUGAAGUGCUACGCCAGUGCACUCAGUUGCGUGUCUUGAGCCUGAGCAAUGCCCGGAUUCUCGGUAAUCAGUUUUUUGAACUUGCAGCUACAAGAGUCGAACGGGAACUCGACGCAAUUGUCGAAAGUAGUAGUCAUCAUCAGCAUCAGCAUCAUCUUCUCAAUAACAACAACAACAACAACAAUAGUAAUAAUAAUAGCAACAGUCAUAACAACAACAACCAUCAUCACAACAGCAAAAACCAUCCCAGACAACAACAGCAAGCACAAGCACAGCAUCAUCCUCAUGCACCCUCCUAUGGAUUGCAGCGGCUCUGUUUGGGCGGAGUUCGACGAGAAGUCAUCCAAGGUCCAGGCUUGGCUCGUCUCAUCCAAAUGAGUGCCAGCACGAAUGACAGUGACGACGAAGACGAUGACGAUGACGACAACGACGACGAUAAUGUCGAUGGUGAUGAUAACGCUAGAGAGCGCGAUCGAUUAUUACCCACUGCUGACAACAAUCUUUCGCAUUUCAUGGGCAGUGCGGCGCAUAUGCCAAAGACAACUGUGAUUAGAGGAAGUUCGAUCUGGUGGCAACGCCGGAAGCCAGUCUUGGACGCACACAGCAAAUAACAGCAACAGCCUUAAUAUAUCCCAUUCCCCAAACCCCUCCCUUAGUAUAUACUCUCUCUCUCUCUCUCUCUCUUUUUCUUU